UUUUAUAGCAGUUUGGGUAUUAAAAUGCAUGCAAAGGGACUGGGGGUUCGUGGCCUCUGCUGUUGCACCCGUUUCUUUCCUUAACCAGGAGGAGCAGGAGGAGGUGGCUGGUGAGAAGGAGGGAAGAAUGAGGGGUCCGGAUGGAGGAAGAAAGGAAGAAAGGAGGAGAGAAGCCCAGCUGAAUCCUCCAGGGGGAUUUGGAGCGGUCUCUCAGCCAGAUCGGAUUCUUAGAGGAGUUUGGGGAUGAGACCCAAUGGCUUUCUGGAACCCUUCAGUUUUGCCUUUCUGAUGUGAUGUGACUGCCUCAUUUGGCAGUGUGGCAGAACAGCAGCCUGCGGACUUUUGUGGGCCCACAGCGUAGCAUCCGACCUCCUCCUCCUCCCCUCCAAAUUCUGCCUUUUCCCCAAGAAACGACAGAAUGAGAGCAGAACAAGGAGACCCGUUGGCUGUCGGUCUGCAGUUGGAGGCCGCGACGGAGUGAAGACAGAAGACUCGCAAGACAUGGUCGGCCCCAGAGCGGUGGCCGUGGACCCGUCUGCCGCCCAGGCUGGGAGCAGUAGAGGAUGCUGGGAAAGAAACGGAGCAGCGGUUGUCCUGAGCGAAGAGGAUGUGAUCCCCUUAGACGCGCCUCCGCAUCGGAUGCUGAAUUCGACUUGGUCCAUGAAGAAACAACCCCUAGCUGAAGAAAUGCAGAGCUUCGUGGCGAGGCUGAGUGACGGAGAGGCUUGUAUCCCAACCGCUGGCCUGGCCAAAGAUUUCCUCAUGAAGAAGCAAGAAGAGGAUGAUCAGGUGGCAUUCAUGGACAUGGCUGCUGACUCGUCCCAGGCAGGAGCUCCAUCAGACAUUUUGCAGAGGCCCCUGUUCAGAGUGAUGGCGCAGGAAAAUGAUGGCGACACAGAUUUUCCUGGUGGAGAGCUGUUUGCUGAAAUAAGUCAUGGCUCAUCUUCAUUUUGUGCUGGGAUAGAAACAGAUACUAUGGAUUCCGAUCAGGGGCCUGUGACCUUUGAGGAAGUGGCUGUGCAUUUCACGGAGGGGGAGUGGGGCCUGCUGGACCCAGACCAGAGAGCCCUCUACAGGGAUGUCAUGGUGGAGAACUAUGGGAACGUCGCCUCUCUGGAAGGACCUCCGGUUCCUAAACCUGAUCUCAUCUCCUGGUUGGAAGAAAAGGAAGAGAUAUUUGACCAGAGCUCUGAAGAAGGAGAACAACCAACAGUGGCCGAUCUCUGGGGGAGCGAACACAGCGGGGGAGCGGCUGAAGUGGCUCCGAAAGGGAGCGAGAUGGAAGAGCCAAAGGAAAACGUUGGAAAUGGAAGAGAAGCCGAGGCGCCCGAGGGAAAUCAGCCGAGAGAGACAUGGCAGAAGGAAUCAGCUGAUAGCGCGACUGGGACCUCCCUCAGCAUAGAGGACUCUCAAGAGGAAAACCUUUUGUUGGAAGAGCCACUCGAGGCACAGCCAGGAGGAUCCCAAGAGGGCAUUUCUUUUGUGGCCGAAGCUGCAGAGAGUGAUGGCUGGGAGAGCGAGAGUGAAUGGGAACCAUACGGAGUGUUGUCAGACGAUACAGAGGAUGAAGGUAAUGUUGGGGAUCAAGGAGGACUAGAGCAAAACGGGGACGACCAAACAGAAGAAGACUGGCGGGAUAAACCCAAUUGCCAGGGCAGCGACUUCAACAGGUUGCCAGCUCCAGCGAAAGUUUACAAAGGCAAAAGAAAAAACCAGUGCAAGGUUUGCGGGAAGAGCUUCACGCGCAAGGCGAGUCUUAAGGUGCACCAGAGAAUCCACACGGGGGAGAAGCCCUACAAGUGCACAGUCUGCAGCAAAGGCUUUUGCGACAAAACCAGCUUUCUUAGACAUCAGAGAAUCCACACGGGCGAGAAGCCGUACAAAUGCCCCGAGUGCGGGAAGAGCUUUAACCGGACCACAAAUCUCAUUACGCAUCAAAAGACUCACGUGGAGACCCGGGAGAAGACAUUCCACUGCUCGAGCUGUAGCAAGAGCUUUUACAACAAGUACAGCCUCAAGACUCACUGGCGCAGCCACACAGGGGAAAAGCCCUACAAGUGCUCCAGCUGCAGCAAGAGCUUCUGCGACAAGUCGAACCUGGAGGCCCACUGGCGGGUGCACACGGGCGAGAGGCCCUUCGAGUGCACGGAAUGCGGGAAGAGCUUCAGCGACCGCAGGACCCUCCUCCGACAUCAGAGAAUCCACACCGGGGAGAAGCCCUACAAGUGCACAGAAUGUGGGAAGAGCUUCAACGACCUGGCCACACUGCUCCGGCACCAGAAGAUCCACACGGGCGAGAAGCCCUAUCGGUGCACCGAGUGCGGGAAGAGCUUCAACCAGAGCUCUCACCUCAUCCGCCACCAGAACACGCACGACGCCCAGCGCCACAAAGGCCGGUCGCGCAAGGCCAAGACUGCGGUUGGAGCCAAUAUCUUUCUGGACAUCACUCAGAGCUUCACUCCAGAGAGCAUCAGCUUCACGCAAGAGAACUAUUACGGAUACGCUCACCCUGCGGAAACGUUUCACUGGCCCAUUACGUCUUACGCACCCUCGGCGGAGGCCGGAGAAGGUGGGGUACCCAACCUGUGGACAAUCGAGGAGACUUCCGUCGGAGAUCAAGCCAUCCUAGUCAUGAAAGAGUUAACCGAGGACAGGACCUUGACGCUGUGAAGGAUGCUCAGAGCAGGGAAGGAGCUUCAUCCAGGCCUACGGCCAUCGAGUAAGAUUGUCUGGUCAAGCAAGAAAGCCAUGCUUUAGACAUUCUUGAAAAGAAGCAUGUUUGAAAGCAGAGAUGUAUCGAUCCAAGAUCUGACUGGCAGAAGCUCCGUUUGGAUCUUUAGGCACAGGAUCUUCAGAAAGGGAGAUCCAGCUCUGCAGGGAAGAUUCCUCGCAUUUCACAGCUAUGCCCACUUCCUGCUUGACUUGGAGUAGAGAUCUAUCAUUAUUGAACAGGGAUUCUCAAAGAUUAAAUUUUUGGGUGUAUGCCUUCAAAAAAAAGGGAAAAGAGGCAGAUAAAAAUAAUGCUGUUUUGGUUCUGACCCAGUUGUUCUCUUUAGCUUCCAAAAUCGAUGGUGAUUCUGUACUCUCUCGGACUAGAUGGAAGCAAAACGACUGAAUGAGAUUCAGCAACUGGCUGUGGCAGAAUGAAUGACAAUCAGGGUGGUCUGUAAAAAAAACACCCCGCUUUUGUCCUCCCCCAUAUUUCGAAAGAUGGCCAUUAUUUAACUUGGGGGGAGGGAAGGGAAUUUGGACACCCAUCCUGCUUGUUCUGACCCACACCAAAUUUUAAAGAGGGUGUUUUAAAAGGGGUUUGUUGCCUCUUGGUAUCAGUUUGGUUAAAAUUUUUAGACUCUCACAUUUUGUAAACCCGAUCGUAUAGAUUUGCUCUAGCAGAGAUCUAAAAGUGGAAGGGAGGGGUAUCAUCAGAAAGGUUUGUCGUUUUCCACACUUCUAACGUAGUUAAAAAGGGAUUAUUUCCCAAAAUGAUAUUUCUGGAAACAUGUGGGUUGGAUUUUGUACCGCAUUGGGGGAGUCGCUAAUGUUGGGCAGCAGGGCAGUUCAGCGUAUUUGGGUUUGUUUGACGGCUGAAGAAGGUCACAGUUAUAGAAUCACAAAACUAGAUAGUACAUCACCCGAACUGGGAAUCUCCAAGCCUGCAAUGAGAAGCAUGUGAAAGAGCACUCUGCUUAACAGUUAUCAGCUGAUUUGUGAGAUUGAGACAUAGGUUAACAGGUUCUGCUGAAAUCUGGCAAAAAUAAAAUAAAUUACUGAGAACAGGUUCCUAUUAAUUCAGUUUGGGAUGCAGACACUCCCUGCAAAUGGUGCUACUGGUGCUACAACUCCCAUAAUCCCUGAGCGCUGGCCAUGCUUGCUGGAGCUGAUGGGAGUCUAAGAAUAAGCGAUAUAGCUGCAUCAUGAAUAUCGGAGGGAGCUUACCUUAUUCCCAGAUGUACUGGCAUGUGUGGGCCUUAGUUUUUUGUAUUAGCAACCUCUGCCACAAGAGUUCAGCAUGCUGCAGCGCUUUUAUUUUCCUUGGUCUCUUGAAAAAAUCAUACAAAUGUUUUUAUACAGGCUGCAAUCCUAUGCAAAAUAGCAAGGGAGUAAAACCCCCUUGAAAUCAGAAGGCCUUACUUCCAAGUAAACACGUUUUAAGACUGCACCGAGAUCAGCCUUGUGUUUUAACAGCUCGCUUGGUCGCCACAGGCGAGCAGGAAUGCCAUGCAGGCAAGUGAGUGGGCUCAGGCCAGUUCUCCUGUACCAGCCUUGUUGGACUCCAUUCUAGCCUUAAAGGAAGGAAAUUCCUCUUCAUAACAGCACAGGAGGCAAAUGGUAGAAGAUGGACAGAUCCUCCUUCCCCACAUCAACCAGUAUGCUUAAUAGAAAGCAGGGCUGUUGUUGUGGUUGUUGUGGUUGUUGUUGUUUUGUUUCCCAGCCUGCUCAGUGGCUGGUAGUGAAGAGGACUUGUGGGUAAAUGACUUUUAUGAGCUUACAUACAAAGGCUGGCUUAGAUUCUUGGCUUGGUCAGAAGACCAACCCCCCCAAAUCCAUAAUUUGGGGAGCAAAGAAGCAAAACAGUCUCACCUCCACACAAGUCCCAAAUAAAUGUUAAUAAGGAAGGAGUUUGCUUUUUUUGCAUAAGCCUUCCAAAAAUGACAAAACUUGUUUCCAUCUAGUUGACCCUAAAA